AUGACAUUUUCCGAGAGGAUCAUCAAUCUCUUGUUUCACUGGAAUAUCAUCAUUGCACGAUAUAUGCAACAGUCCUGGAAUCACAACACUUUCACGAGAAAAAAUUUUCCCAAGGUCGAUUUAUUUGCAGCUGAAGCAAAAAGGAUAAUUUAUGCUGGAAGAUCUGAAUUCUUAUUUGAUGUAGUUCGACCGAUCAACAAUCGUGUGAAGCACUUUGCAAGCAAUAUCUUAUUGAAACCUGGCGAUUUUGUCACUGUGAUACCAGAGAUUUUGAAGAGUCAACCAAACAUUUCGAUGUGUGACGAAGCGAAGCAUGACCAUAACGCUAUAAGAUAUAAUUACUCGUCUUCACAAUCUGAAGGGCAUAUCUACUGUUGCCACAGCCGCACACGACAUACAUCAAAUACUAUACGACGUCCAGAACUCUACAAUGGACUCAACAGAACCUCAGUAAACCAACGAUUUGAGGGCAUAGCUGCAAACUAUCCUAAUCUCCAGUGGCAUUCUCUCGUCGAAGAGAAGUUCAUUCUAGUAAGCUUUGGCUCUUUAGCGCAGGCUCAGUACAUGUCAAAUGAGAUCGCUCGCAAACUCAUAUAUGCUUUCGCGCAAUCUCCCUUCAAAGUCAUUUGGGCAACAAACUCUUACCCUGAACAGCUAACAUGGACCAAGAACAUGACAAUACCUGAAAACAUAGUGCUGAUUCGUUGGGUACCUGUGAAAGAGAUGUUAGCUCACCCCAACCUACAGUAUCUUAUAAGCCAUGGAGGAAUCAACACCAUAAACGAACUGCUUUUAUUUGGAGUUCCCAUGAUUGGAGUUUAUCUACAAGGAGACCAAGGCUCCAAUGUCAGACGUCUUGCCGAUCUUGGCGUCUGUAAAAUGAUUUCUAUGCUUAGGAUAUGGCAAGAUGAGCUACCAAUUGUCAUGAGAGAGUUCGAGCACGAUUUGGAUAGGUAG